AUGGCACCCCUCGCGAACCAGAAGACUUACAAGCUCAACAACGGCGUCGAGAUCCCCGCCGUUGGCUUUGGCACCUUUGCCAACGAAGGCUCCAAGGGCGAGACCUACAAAGCUGUCACCCACGCGCUCGAAACCGGCUACCGCCACCUCGACUGCGCAUGGUUUUACCAGAACGAAGAAGAAGUUGGCGAUGCAGUACGCGACUUUCUCAAGGCCAAUCCCUCCGUCACACGCAAAGACCUCUUCAUCUGCACAAAAGUGUGGCAGCACCUGCACGAGCCGGACGAGGUCGAAUGGAGCUUCAACAGCUCGCUGCAGAAACUGCAGAUGGACUACAUAGAUCUUUUCCUUGUUCAUUGGCCAAUCGCCGCGGAGAGCAACUCUGAUCACAUGCCCAAGCUCGGCGCAGACGGAAAAUACAUCAUCAAGAAAGACCUGACCGAAAACCCCGAGCCCACAUGGCGCGCCAUGGAGGCGCUCAACAAAGCCGGCAAAGCCAAGGCCAUCGGCGUCUCCAACUGGACCAUCGAGGGUCUGAAGCAGCUCAUGAAGUUCGCCGAAAUCAAGCCUGCGGUCAAUCAAAUCGAAAUCCACCCCUUCUUGCCCAACACCGAGCUCGUCAAGUUCUGUCUGGAUAACGACAUCAUGCCCGCGGCUUACUCGCCGCUCGGAUCGCAGAACCAGGUGCCUAGCACCGGCGAGCAGGUCCGGACGAACCCGAAGCUCAAUGAGGUUGCGCAGCGCAGCGGACAUGAUCUCGCACAGGUACUGCUUGCGUGGGGCUUGCAGCGCGGAUACGUCGUGUUGCCGAAGAGCUCGACGCCCAAGCGUAUUGAGAGCAACUGGCUCAUUCCCGAGCUGAGCAAGGAGGACUUUGAGGCUGUGAAUGAGGUUGCCAAGGGCAGACAUACCCGCUUCGUUAACAUGAAGGACACCUUUGGUUACGAUGUCUGGCCAGAGGAGGCCAACGGGGAGCUCAAGGCAUAA